AUACUCUUGUCACAAUCAAACGUGACGAGCACCCCUAAAUAAUAUUUUCAUAGCAUAAUGACCUAUUUUUCCUACCUUUGUACAUGGAUUACAAGAGAUGAUCCACAGUAACAACAUAGCCAAAAAAAAAACCCAUUCGCAAAAUGACAAUCCGAGCGAGUUUAAUCCUACAGCGUUAUCAUGCUGUCUAUCUAUUGUUGCUUGUUCUCCAAGUCUCGGGUCAGCCGCAGCCUGGAACCAGCGGUCCAUAUGGUCGGCAAAUAAGACCAAAUCAAGUACCGGCGGUAAUCAUUGGGAUGCUCAUAUUCACGCUCUUAUUCAGCAUGAUCGCUUGCUGUAUCUGCUAUAAAUACACAAGCACCUCUCCGCCUGGAACAAGCUCUGAUUAUGAUGAGGCAGGUCGUGGAGGAGGAGUAGGAUGGAAUAGGAGGACAAGCCGUGGACUUGAAAAAGAUGUUAUAAAUUUCUUCCCUUCCUUUAUUUACUCACAAGUUAAAGGACAAAAGAUAGGCAAAGGCGGCGUGGAAUGUGCCAUUUGCUUGAACGAGUUUGAGGACGAGGAAACUCUGCGUUUAAUGCCUCCAUGUAGCCAUGCAUUUCAUGCUGAUUGCAUCGAUGUCUGGCUCUCUUCUCGCUCUACUUGUCCCGUCUGCCGCGCCAACCUGGCUCCCAAACCGGGAAGUGAUCAAAGGUUUUUAUAUCCAUUUGUACGCCCACAUACCAAUCAAGAUAUGGAUCUUGAAUCGGGAAACACAACAACAAGUGUAUUGGAAUCUCCAGACAUGCGUUUGUUAGAUGGAUUGACAAGGAGCAAUAACAAUGAGGCAAACCGACCACCACGAUCAAAGUCUACAGGAUCAUCAAAUUGGCAAAUAAGGGAUAUAUUAUUCCCAAGAUCUCAUUCAACCGGGCAUUAUCUGGUCCCAUUAGGAGAAAAUCUAGACAGAUUUACACUUCAGUUACCAGAAGAGGUAAGGAGACAGUUGAGCCAGAGGACGUUACCACAAGCCAGGAGUUCAAGGCAAGGCUAUAGGAGUGGUAGUGUUGGGAGCCAGAGAAGAGGUUUUCCUUAUGGACGCCGGUAUAAUCGACGGACCAUUUCUCUUUCUUUCUCUUUCUCCUUUCAAUCUGCCUCUCUUCAGUCAGAAAAAAGCAAGGACGAAGAGUCUGGAGAAGGGUCAAUUGAACGCCUUAGCCUUAGGCCAGAGACGGGCUCGUCUUAAAUUGUUGAUAUCAAGUUUUCAUAUUGACACGUUAGGUUGUAGAGAAUUUGGUGUAGCGUAACAAUGAAGCAACGCAUGUAUGUAAACUAAUUAUGUGUGAGGUGAAACUAGAACAUAAGAGAUCCUAAUCAAUACCCUCAAUUGUACUGUACAGUUACUAUAUAAGUCCAAAAUGUUAUUGUAUGAUUGGGAUUUGUAGUGAAAUCUCUAGAAUAUUUCAAUUAAAACUAUGAUCAAACUAGAAUUUGAGGUUCGCGAAAUGAAACAAGAGAAGAUUAUGGACAGAGUUACAGAAACACAAAGAACACGAUCUAGCUGUUAUCCAGUUCAGGUACAAAACCGCAGCCCUGUGUCUGACCGAGGUUUUCUAGAAAUUUUAAGCUGCAUGUUUGGACGUCGCUAUCUUAUUCACCGGAGAACCCUUAAUUUCUGUUUUUCCUCACCCCACAUACAAAUACAAUUUAAUAUAUGGUCUAGUUAUUGGGAUAUAUUAAAAUUAUGCAAAAGACAUGGAUUAAGAUUGUAAAUAUAUCUUAUUAGUUUUAGGGUUCUGUAUACGUAAUCUAAAUCUCUCUCUGUAAAGCUUAAGGAUAAAUAAUACAGAGAAAAUUCAGAUCUUUUAUGGUAAUCAGAAUAAAUGUUGAAGUUUUUGUUCAUCGGAUUCGUGGAAAGAGAUUGUUUAUUUUGGUGGUACU